AUGGUUUUUGUUUUACUUGCAGUGCCUCCCAAUAUAGACGACUCUUUGAGCAGCAGCGAUGCGAUUGUGAGAGAGGGAGCCAACGAAACUUUAACUUGCAAAGCUACCGGAUUUCCUACACCUAGCGUUAAAUGGAAGAGGGAUGAUAAUUCCAAAAUUACCAUAAAUAAGACCCUUCAAGUAACCGAAUGGGAGGGAGAAAAACUGGAACUGAUGAGGAUCUCCAGAUUGGAUAUGGGUGCCUAUCUCUGUAUAGCUACCAAUAGCGUCCCACCAACUGUGAGCAAGAGAAUCAAAGUUAGCGUAGAUUUUCCACCAAUGUUAUGGAUUCCUCAUCAGCUGGUCGGCGCUCCACUAGCGUAUUCCGUAACUCUGGAAUGCUUCACAGAGGCCCAUCCAAGUUCGCUGAACUACUGGACCCGCGAGGAUGGGCAAAUGAUCCAUGAAUCGAGAAAAUACCGAGCAGAAAAUAUUAUCGGCAAUCCCACGUAUAAAACGCAUAUGAGGCUGACUAUCAAUAAUAUACAGCAGAGCGAUUAUGGAACUUAUAAAUGUGUGGCAAAGAAUCCCCGUGGUGAGACUGACGGCUCCAUCCGUUUGUACACUUCAUCACCACCAACCACAUCUCCCAGACCGUCAACCACGGAAACACCUACCAGAUUGAAGGAUGUGUAUGCAAAUGGUGACCUGAACAAUUCUGUUUAUGGAAAUCCGUCGUCUCUAACAAUACAUCUUGCUGACAAAGGUUCGAAGUAUCAAUCAAAUUUGAAUGAAAUCGACAAGUCCGAACAGAAAUCAAGUUCCGAUUCCGACACCAAAGGACACAUAUACGAGAAUAUUCCCCAGCACUCCGGGGAAUCCCUCACGAAUUCCGUCGAUGAUGUGCAACUAGCAGUUUUGGCAGCAGUGACUAUAUGCAGAGCCUUGCGGUGAACUGGUCAAAUUAUAAUAAUAAAACAUGUUACAAUUUAAUAUAAAGGUGAGUUGGAGUUGAAAACCACAAAGACGCUUGAAAUGGAAAAUGCGCGUAAACUUGUUAAUAAUCAAUCUACUCUAAACAAAGACUGAAACUGGUUAGGAAUAGAGUUUAUGAUGUGGUUCAGUGUAGACAUAUCGUUGGCCAUUUUACGAGAGUUGCUAAAUUUUGUGUUAUUUGAACUGUAAAUGGUCAACGAAGUCCGUAUAGUUUGUUUUUUGAUGUGAUGAACUAUAUUUUGAUCAUAUUGAUGUUCAAUUGAAUGCAGGUAUUACAUGUACUCUUAAAAAUGUUGAAUGUUCAGUUUUGAAAUGAGGAAUGGAACAAGGUACGUAUGGGGUAAGAAGGCUGAUGAAAAAUUGAUCCUACCUCUGAAAAUCAAAAUACGAGUAGAUAUGUUAUAGUGCUUUUUUCAAAAAUAUAGGUACAUCGAUAUUUGAUAUAUGUGGUAUUUUUUGAGUACUGCCUUCUUAUCCUGUAUCCACCAAUAUGAGUUCCUAAACCUUCACAGAUACUCUAAAAUUGAAAACUGUACUACGUACUGAAAACAUUGUUAGAAAAACCACAAAUAUGCACACAUUCCGGAUAAAUUGUUUGGAUUGGGAAGUAUACUCAUUUUUUUGUCUAAAUACUUUUGUCAUCAUUGCUAUUUUCACGCCCAUACUCAACCCAAUGCAUUUUCCUCAAUUCAGGAGACAUGUGAAAUAGUGUAUUGACAACAAUAUCUAUUUUAUACACAUAUAAUUAUUUGAAAGAAAAUACAUCUUCAGUUGAGUAACGCUUUCUGUUCAGAACAAAUUAAAAACGAGUCAAUUUUUUAUUCUGUGUGUGAAAUAUUCGUCAAUAUAGAGGUGGGAAAUGCAUUUAGCAUUCAUGCGGCAUCGGAUUAGAAUGUUGAAAAUGUGUGAAUGAAUGAAUGAAAUGAUAUUGCCAUAUGGAAGUUUGAAUGAAAAUAUACAGUCCGUUUCAGAUGACCCCACUAUUACUAUUUCACAAACGGUAAGACUUACGAAGUCGAUUGAAUUGAAAAAAAAAAUCCUACCUUGAGAAACUAGAAUUAUUUGUUUUUAGAUCGAGAUUAUCAGUGGUUGCUUUCAAAAUAUUCACCAAAAACCAGAAUUAUCGAAUUUAUUGUUUUGUUCCAUAUCUGUAUAAUCUGAUAUAAACAAAUUUGCAGAGCGACAUUACGUUCAUUAGAUUUCAUCAUCAACUUUAUUUUUUUGAAUUCGGACCUCUGGUUUUUUUCAUCGAUUUGUAUAAUCACUGUAAACAAAUUCAGUCAUCUAUCACAAUACAUGCAUCAGAGACAAUGCAAGUCCUGCAAAUAAUGAUUCAGACGAUAAUAAAUAGACUUGGUAGAUAACGUACGUCAUUUCUGCUCUAGUCUUAAAAUAUCAAUUGUUUGGUACCAUACUUCAAAGAAGGUACAAAUUCUUUCAAAUGUGCAAAUCCUGUUUGAUGUGAAAGUCCCUCUGUAGAAAAAGGAGGUAAGUGUCGUCUGCAAGGGGGUGAAGAAGAAUUUCAUAUCGAAAUUGGACUCUUUCGAAGAAAAUUCUAAAUUCGUGUGCUUUGGAAAUUUUGAGUUUUGAGUUACAAGGGCAUCGAAUUUCUGAUGGAACACCCUGUACAUUCAUAGAUUCUCACAAUUGCAAAGUAUGACACUCAUCGUGGCCAGUGUCACAUCAAGUUAUCAUUUCAAAUCAUCCAUUCAUUGGGUUCCUGUGGAAGUUCUUCUUAAAAAGAAUAAAAGUAUAUGCAAAUAUGGCACAAUUGAUCGAUGAUAUAUUCCUUAUUCUGAUCAAUCACCUCCGAAUGCUCAGGCAACUUCUUAAUGCUAUCUUGGUAGAACUAUAUCCGGACUAUGAGCUGGAUAUGACAAAACCUUCCAUUCAUCGUGUGGUCGACGUCCUCUUGAAGGAGUGAAACCUUCAUGUUCGUGAUGGAAUGACGGGAGUUUUUGGAAAAGCAUCAGUUGUCACUUCUUCUUUCAGAAGUCCGAAUGUACGAAACCCGAGAUAUUCCACCAGACCCACAACACCACUUUUCUGUGGCGAUCGAUCUGCGCUUUUGCCUUGGAGUUGCUCACUUUUUGUCACGACCAUGGUUGACAUAGAGAGUUCAUUUACAUAUUCAGUAACAAUCCAUUCGUAAAAUGCUUUGACCGAUAGCCCACUGAGAAAUGAGGUGUACACUGUCACUGAUUGUUUGUCUGACCUUCAGUCAGACUGUGCAGAACCCAAAGACCACACAUGUAGGCCUUGCUCAUGGUUCUCUAUGGAAAGAAACCAUCGGUGCACUCAAUUCCGAAUGCAAACAAAACCGUGUACCACAGAAAUGAGACCAAAUCAUCCAAACACUUUUUUCAGAUUUUUUUCAUUCACAGAUACAAAAACGUAUAAGUAUUCUGCUUCCAUAUCAUGUAUCUUUGUAUACAGGGUGUUGAUUAAGUAUGUACCAUAAAUUCAACAGACGAUCCUGAGGUAAUUUUCAGACGAAAUGUUCAAAUAAACAUGGGUCCGCAAAUCUUCCGUUCUCAAGAUACAGGGUGUUGAAAUAAAAAUUAAAAAAAGUUAUUCGUAAAUAUCUCAAAUAUCCCUUACCUAAUUCUCUUGUAAUUUGGCAAUGGUAAUUAUAACAUUGA